ACAACAACAACAAAACCACAGAGAGUGUCCAGUCAGUGGCUAAUCAAAAAAUUAAUUGCUUUGAAAUAUUUCGUCCACCACUUAGCAGUGUAGCGAGUGUCAUCACCAGCUAAAAAUAUCCGCGAUAGAAAAAAAAAUAAUCGGGACGCAACGAAAAUAAAAAGUGAACGUGAUUUCGCUGUUGCUUCCCCGUUACGUUCCUCCCCCGCGUGUCUUUGAUACCCAGUGACAGGUGGUGAAGAAAGAAGGAAGGACGCAGCAGAAUAUCGUAAACAAAUUUUAGAAUCCUCCGGGGCCGGGUCCCACCUUGUGAUUGACAUAAAAAAGCGACACAUUCGCAGGACAGGAAACGAAACACAUUUGCCACAUCCUACAACUGAACAAAGGAAUAGCCGGAAACAUAAAAGCAGAUACAGACACACCACUACCCUUUGGAUCAACACAUCAACAAAUACACCCAUUGUCAUCUACCUACACAGGAAACACUAAACAACUCAAAGCAGUCAUCAACAUGGAUGUCCAAGUACAGAACUCCCAGGGCACUCCGCAGUACUACCAGGAGCUAACGGCCCAGCAGCACCCGCGCGAGUACGACGACCCGGAGGACGAGGAAGCCGAGAUGGAAGCGGAACGCGAACUGGCCGAAGAUGCCCAGUGGAAGCGGAUACAGCAGAACACGUUCACCCGGUGGGCCAACGAGCACCUGAAGAUCAUCGACAAGAACAUUGCCAGCCUGGAGUCGGACCUGUCCGACGGGCUGAAGCUGAUCGCCCUGAUUGAGGUGCUGUCGCAGAAGCGCAUGAGCAAACACAACAAGCGGCCCACGUUCCGCAGCCAGAAGCUGGAAAAUGUCUCGGUGGCGCUCAAAUUCCUGGAAAUCGAAGGCAUCAAGAUCGUCAAUAUCGAUUCAUCGGACAUCGUCGAUUGCAAGCUGAAGCUGAUCAUGGGUCUGAUCUGGACGCUGAUCUUGCACUAUUCCAUCUCGCUGCCGAUGUGGGAGGGUGACGACAGCGAGAAUCAGGCCAACAACACGACGCCGAAGCAGCGGUUGAUGAACUGGAUCCACCGGCUGGUACCGGAUCUGCCAAUCAACAACUUCACCAACGAUUGGACCAGUGGCAAAGCAAUCGGUGCCCUGGUCGACGGAGUCGCUCCGGGACUGUGUCCCGAUUGGCCCAUGUGGGACCCGAAGGAUGCCGCCCAGAAUGCGUCCGAAGCCAUGGGCCUGGCCGAUGACUGGCUGGACGUGAGACAGCUCAUUCGGCCGGAAGAGAUGAUCAAUCCGAACAUUGACGAACAGUCCAUGAUGACCUACCUGUCGCAGUAUCCGAACGCGAAACUGAAGCAAGGUGCUCCCCUGCGACCCCGAACCAAUCCCAAUAGUAUUCCACCGCCGCGGGUUCGCGCUUACGGUCCCGGAAUCGAACCGACCGGACCGGUGGUUGGAGCCCCCGCUAACUUCACCGUCGAGACGUUCUCCGCUGGCAAAGGAACGGUCGACGUCGCCGUCGUCAACCCGAACGGCAACUCGGAAAAGGUGGACUGUCGCUUCAACAACGACAAGAAUCUCACCUACUCGGUAUCGUACGUGCCGAAAAUCGAAGGACCGCACAAGGUCAUCGUCAAGUUCUGUGGUCGCGAUAUCCCCAAGAGCCCGUACGAGGUUCUCGUCGACGGUCAGGCCGGCGAUCCGUCCAAGGUAACCGCCAGCGGUCCCGGCAUCCAACCGGACGGAGUCACCGUUAACAAGCAGACGUACUUUGAAAUUUCGACCAAGGAUGCCGGGAAGGGAGUUCCCGAAGUCAUCAUCCUCGAUCCGGCAAAUCACAAGACUUCGGUGGCCGCAAAACUUCGCCAGCUUGCUCAGAACCACUACCGCUGUGAGUACACGGCCAACCAGGUUGGUCUGCACUCGGUGAAUGUGUUCUACAAUGGCGAACAGAUCAAGAAUAGCCCGUUCGGAGUUCGUGUGGCACCGGUUUGCGAUCCCAAGAAGGUCAGAGCGAGCGGUCGUGGACUACAGCCGGUUGGAGUUCGCGUCAACGAUGAAGACGUUACCUUCCGAAUCUACACGGAAGGUGCUGGCGAGGGUAUCCCGGAGGUCAAGGUGUUCGGCCCGGGAGGAGUCAUCCCAGAGUACAGCAUUCGAAAGAUUGACGGUACAACCUAUGAAGCUCAAUACAUUCCAUUGAAGGAGGGUCGCUACAAGAUUCUGGUGCUGUUUGGCGGAGUGGAGAUCCCCAAGUCUCCCUUCGAAGUCACCGUUGGACCUCAGAAGCACACAUCGAUAGUCGCUUACGGCCCUGGGCUCAGGUCCGGAAUGGUUGGAAACCCGGCUAGCUUCGUGGUGGAGACCAACGGUGAAACCGGUAAUCUAGGCUUUAGCAUAGCUGGACCCUCGCAGGCCGAGAUCGAGUGCCACGACAAUGGGGACGGUUCGGCUCUAGUCAAGUAUCACCCGACCGCCCCGGGAGAAUACGCUGUACAUAUCCUAUGCGAUAACGAAGAUAUCCCGAAGAGUCCCUACAUUGCCCACAUCUUGCCCAAGGUCGAUGACUUCCAUCCCGAACUGGUCAAGGUCUCCGGUCCAGGAAUCGAAAAGAACGGUAGCGUUAUUACGAACAAACCAACCGAGUUUACGGUGGAUGCUACCAAGGCUGGAGAUGCCCCACUGGAGGUUAAGAUCAACGACGUGUUCGCCAACACGAUUCAGCACAAAUUCAUGAAGAAUUCGGAUGGUACCAAAAAAGUGAUGUACACAGCUCCAACCGCUGAGCCAGUGACCGUCGAAGUCAACUACGGAGGGGUGGCGAUCCCUGGAUCUCCAUUCCGAGUUAACGUAUCGACUCCGCUGGACCCAUCCAAGGUGCAAUUCUUCGGUCCCUGGCUGGAAUCCGGCAAUCGACCCAACGCAGCUACCCACUUCAACGUAGAUGCCAGGAAUGCCGGAAACGGAUUACUCGAAGUCAACCUCAUCCACGAAGAGACCAAACAGAAGAUCCCAGUUCGGAUCAUCGAUAACGACGACAACACCUACGCCGUCGAAGUGAUUCCUCCGCUGGCCGGAACCUACACCACCAAUCUGGUCUACGGAGGCCUAAAAGUCCCGUUAGCCCCGAAAGUCACCGUCAACCCGGCGGUUGACGUUUCCAAGAUCAAAGUCGAUGGCUUAGAACCAACGGCACCGUUGAACAGUCUUCAACAGUUCCGAGUGAUAACGAAUGGUAUCGGUAAGGCCGAUCUUGCCGUAACAAUCACUAGCCCUUCCGGGAAUCGUGUCAAAGCGCACGUCAUUCCCACGGCUGAAGGCUUCUUGGUCAAUUUCACUCCCACCCAACUGGGAGAGUACCUUCUCAGUGUAAGUUUCGGUGGAACUCCGAUAACUCCCCAACCCUUCCGACUGCAGUGUCUAGUAGGUUCCGAUUCCCGUAAGGUUCAGGCCACUGGCCCGGGCCUGGUGAAGGGGAUCAUCAACCGUCCGGCAGAGUUCAUGAUCGAUACCCGAGGAGCCGGCCAGGGUGGGCUCGGAGUUACCGUCGAAGGACCCUGCGAAGCGGCCAUCAACUGUCGCGAUAAUGGCGACGGAACGUGCAACGUUGCUUACCUGCCGACGGAGAUCGGAGACUACACCAUCAACAUCACCUUCAACGACGACCACAUCGCCGGGUCACCCUUCCAGGCAGUCAUCCUUCCGGAGCCGAAUCUGAGCCGCAUCCGGGUGUCCGGAAUGGGAAUCCAACCGCACGGUGUCAUCAUGAACGCUCCGACCGACUUCAUGGUCGACAUGAGCAAGGUCGGGGACGACGUAGACAAGAGUAAGCUCUCCUGCAACAUCUUUGAUCCUCGUGGCAACGAAAUUCCGAGCAAGCUGGUUCCCAGCGACAACAAUGACAUCUUCCGCAUCAUGUACACUCCGUUCGAAGCUGGUCGUCACACCAUUGACCUGUUGUACGACAAUGUCCCCGUACCGGGAUCACCGUUCGUCGUCAAUGUCAAAUCCGGAUGCGAUCCAACGCGCUGCCGUGCCUAUGGUCCUGGUCUGGAACAAGCCCUAACCGACACGUCGGCUACCUUUACGGUUGAAACUCGUGGAGCUGGUGCCGGAGGUCUCUCGCUAGCGAUUGAAGGGCCUUCUGAAGCUAAGAUGAGUUGCACUGAUAAUCGUGACGGUUCGUGCGAUGUCGAGUACGUCCCAACCGAACCCGGAGAGUACGACAUCACUAUACGCUUCGCUGAAAAGCACAUCCCCGGAUCUCCAUUCAAGGUGGUCGUUAACGAGGCAACUCGUCCGGAGAAGGUCAAGGUGUAUGGCCCCGGAAUCGAGCACGGACAAGUUUACGAAGGAGUUCCAGCCGAAUUCUACAUCGAUUGCGGUCAGGCUGGACCUGGUAAGAUCGGAGUCAAACUGACCUCUUCCGAUGGCAAACCGAUCAGCGUUCAUGUCGACGACAAGGGAGACGGUGUCUACGCUGUAUCGUACAACCCUCCACUGGAAGGUUCGGUCCUAACGGCUCAGGUGCGCUUCGCGGACCAGGAAGUCAAUGCCAGUCCGUUCGUCAUGCACGUGCAGCCACCCCCGACGAAGACAGCACCGCAGGCUCCAGCCAAGGUCUACGGAGACGCCACCACCAAGAAGAACCUUCCGGCAUCCCUGCCGGCCAAGUUCCAGAUCGAUGCCCCCAAGAAGGGUACCACGGAUGGAGCUCCCGGCAAAGAGGACAUCAACGUUAGUAUUAAGGGUCCAGAUGGGAAGCCACUGGUGCCGAAGAUGGAACAGGUCGAGGACGGAACGUACGCCGUGACGUUCGUUCCGGACGAGUGCGGACCCUACAAUGUCAGUAUUAAGUGCGGUGGAAAGGAUGUGCUGGGAUCGCCCUUCCUGCUGCAGGCCAUUCCGACUGGGGAGGCCGAGAAAGUCAAACUGCUGGAGGCGAUUCCGACCAGUCAGGAGUACGGCAAGAAGAACCACGUGGCCGUCGAUGCCCGUGAAGCUGGAACCGGUGCCGUGACGUGCAAGAUUGUGUCCCACUCGGAAGCUGGCGACGUCGACCUGGAGGUGAUCGAGAAGGAUGGCUUCUUCGAUAUCUUCUACACCCUGAAGGACCCGGGCGACUACGAUCUGGACAUCAAAUUCGGCGGCCAGCACAUCCCCAACGGCACCUUCACCAUCAAGGCCGUUGAGAACGUCGAGCAGCAAGUGACCAGCACUACCAGCAGUACGACCAAAUCGUCGUCGGCCACCGUUUCGGAGAACCAGCAAAUCUACCAACAUCAGGAAUCGUACGUAGAGCAGGUCUCGUCCGUGUCCAAAUCCAAACUAUUCCAUCAGCAGACAGCGACUGAGGAGUUAAUUCUACGGGAACGUCAACAGCAACUACUCAACGGCAAGCACGAGAACGGUUUGAGCAACGGGCACAACAACCACGUUCAUUCGUCGUCGUCCUCGGUGAACGCCGUCAGCAACAACAGCAAGCAGAGCGUGAGCAACAUCAGCAGCACCAGUGUAAGCCAAACUACUUCCGCCGUCGAAACCUCCGCCAGUCACAGCAGUCACACUAGCAACAGCGCAAACCAACUGCGGGACUUCAAGCUCGAACGGUUGAAUCUUCCCCAGACCGGAGGUGUGGUGAGCGCCGAAGUCAGGAUGCCAAGCGGAGAGGUAGACAUGCCCGUCAUCGACGACAACCACGAUGGUACCGUGUCGAUCCGGUACAACCCGAAGGAGGAAGGCAUCCACGAGCUGGCCGUCAAGUACAACGGUGAACACGUGCAGGGAUCCCCGUUCAAAUUCCACGUCGAUUCCAUCUCCAGCGGCUACGUGACGGCGUACGGUCCGGGCCUGACGCAUGGCGUUACCGGCGAACCGGCCCAGUUCACCAUCUCCACCAAGGGUGCCGGCGCCGGUGGACUGCAGAUGGCCGUCGAAGGUCCCAGCAAGGCUGAUAUCACCUACCACGACAACAAGGAUGGCACCGUUUCCGUAUCCUACCUGCCAACCGCACCGGGCGAGUACAAGAUCACCGUCCGCUUCGGCGACAAGCACAUCAAGGGUUCGCCGUACUUCGCCAAGAUUACCGGUGAAGGUCGCAAGCGUAACCAAAUCUCCGUCGGAUCCUGCUCGGAAGUUACUCUGCCCGGAGUCAUCUCCGACCAGGACCUGCGCUCGCUCAACGCUUCCAUCCAGGCUCCGUCCGGUCUGGAGGAACCGUGCUUCCUGAAGCGCAUGCCAACCGGCAACAUUGGAAUCUCGUUUACACCUCGCGAAGUCGGUGAGCACACCGUAUCGGUGAAGCGACUCGGAAAGCACAUCGCCAACUCACCCUUCAAGGUGAACGUCUGCGAACGAGAAGUGGGCGAUGCCAAGAAGGUCAUUGUCACCGGAAAUGCCCUCAAAGAGGGCCAGACCCACUCCGAAAAUGUCUUCUCCGUAGAUACCCGCAACGCUGGCUACGGUGGUCUAUCCCUGUCCAUUGAAGGCCCCAGCAAGGCCGAAAUCCAGUGCACAGACAAGGACGACGGUACCCUGAACAUCUCUUACAAGCCAACGGAACCGGGCUACUACAUCGUAAAUCUGAAGUUUGCCGAUCACCACGUUAACGGAUCGCCCUUCACCGUGAAGGUGUCCGGCGAGGGAACCAACCGACAGCGCGAGAAAAUCCAACGCCAGCGCGAAGCCGUUCCCGUCACCGAAGUCGGAAGUCAGUGUAAGCUGACCUUCAAGAUGCCCGGAAUCACCUCGUUCGACCUGUCUGCCACCGUCACCUCGCCUGGUGGUGUCACCGAAGAUGCCGAAAUCCAGGAAAUCGAAGAUGGCCUCUAUGCAGUACACUUUGUCCCGAAGGAACUCGGCGUGCACACCGUCUCCGUCAAGUACAAGCAGAUCCAUAUCCCUGGAUCCCCAUUCCAGUUCACGGUAGGCCCGCUGAAGGAUACCGGUGCCCACUUGGUGAAGGCCGGUGGACCCGGUCUGGAGCACGGUGAGCAGGGAGUGCCAUGCGAGUUCAACGUGUGGACCCGUGAAGCCGGUGGUGGUACCCUGGCCAUCUCCGUCGAGGGCCCCAGCAAGGCCGAAAUCGAAUUCAAGGAUCGCAAGGACGGAUCGUGUGACGUGGCGUACGUCGUUAGCGAACCAGGUGACUACCGUAUUGGUCUCAAGUUCAACGACCGUCAUAUUCCGGACUCGCCGUUCAAGGUAUACGUAUCGCCGGCCAUGGGUGAAGCCCACAAGCUGGAGAUUGCUCAGUUCCCGAGUGGCCCGGUACAAGCGGACAAGCCAGCUCAGUUCAUGGUCCGGAAGAACGGUGCUAAGGGUGACCUGGAUGCUAAGGUUGUAGCCCCGUCGAACAACGAGGACGAUUGCUUCAUCCAGCUGAUCGACCAGGACCAGUACUCGGUACGUUUCUACCCGCGCGAGAACGGAAUCCACGCCAUCCACGUCAAGUUCAACGGUGUCCACAUCCCCGGAUCGCCGUACCGCAUCAAGGUCGGCAAGGACGACGUCGACCCGGCGGCAGUUCAUGCCUCCGGUAAGGGUCUAGGCGAUAUCAAGACCGGCGAGAAAACUGACCUCAUCAUCGACACCUGCAACGCUGGCGCUGGAACUCUGGCCGUCACCAUCGACGGACCGUCCAAGGUGGCGAUGGAUUGUACGGAAGUCGAGGAAGGCUACAAGGUUCGAUACACUCCACUGUUGGCGGGACACUACUACAUGACCAUCAAGUACAACCAGAUGCACAUCGUCGGAUCGCCGUUCAAGAUCUACUGCACAGGUGAUAAGCUCGCGGAAGAAGGCGGCCAGGAAACGUCUUCCGUUGUCGUGGAAACGGUAGCCAAGGUAUCCAAGGGCGGAAACCGGGCCGGAGUCAUCCUGCCAAUCUUCAAAUCAGACGCCAGCAAAAUCGUAUCCAAAGGCAUGGGACUGAAGAAGGCGUACCUAGGCAAACAGAACCAGUUCGCGCUCAACGCCGGAGACGCUGGAAACAACAUCCUAUUCGUUGGCAUUUACGGACCGAAGGGACCUUGCGACGAGGUGUUCAUCAAGCACACCGGCCGCAACCAGUAUCAGGUAAACUAUUUGGUUCGCGAGCGUGGCGACUACAUUCUGAUGGUGAAAUGGGGCGACGACCAUAUUCCCGGUUCGCCGUUCAAGGUCGAAGUGUAAGCCGCCGUCCGCCAUUUUCCGGACAUCAACCAUCGCUUCCGCCACGCCGCCGUCGUCGUCACAGCCACCUCGUUCCUCUCCCUCCUCUUCCCCAUGUCACCCCUCCCCCAGGAAAAAAAAUGCGUCGUUGUGUGUGUGCGCGUCCAUCAGUGCCUUCUUUUCAAACGUCUUACUUUGAGAAUUACCGUUACUACGCGGGACCGUUCGAGGCCCUGCCGAAUUCGCCAUUUGUUUUCUUUUCGUUAAGAAUCCAAAACCACUAUCCGUACGUGAGCCAGUGUCAUUUUAAGUUACUCUUGAGAGCAAGCGAUACAUUUUACUACUAUUCGUGAAAGACAUGAUCAACCUGCGUCAAUCGAAAAUCAGUCACAUUGCUCUCGGAAAACUAAUAGAGUUUAUACUAAGGGAAGUUCAACCGCAGGCGGGACCUUAACAGUUGUAACGCCACGCAUUCAUAAGUUUUACUCAAUUAAAGAAAAAGAAAAACCAACCACGUGCCUCCCAGCUACGAGACAAAGACAAGUUAAACGACUUUGAACGCCCUCCUGUAGUAAUCUUUUGUAAAAAAAAAAAAACUAAAGUAGAAUUGAGUCCACAAGGAAUCAACUUGAAACGCUAAAACGACCAGCGCAACCAGCAGCGACAGAAUACAUAUUUAAUGUUAUUCUAGUUAUUAUUAUCAAUUUACGAUAAUGUUCGAUUAAGUUUAUUCUUCCAUGUCUUUAGUUUCUUUUUUAAGUUUAUUAUUGAUCGCACACGUCAACACCAGCGUACUCCUUUGCUCCCCGGAUAGGAAUUAGUUUAUCCGUUUUCUUCCCUGUCAAUUGUCAUUGAUGUGAAAGUUUUUUUUUUUUAAGUUCGUAAUUUUAUUUUAUCUAAUGUUUACCUAUUUACGUUGAAUCAUUUUUAAGCAAAGAGAAAACAAAAGGAACCGUAAUUAUUUAUUAUUUCUUUCGAAAGGAACUUUUUUUUUUAAUAUCAAAUAAAAACGUUAAAUAAUA